CUUACCACUAAGAACGCCACCUGUCGGAUUUCAUAUUUAUAAAUAUUGAUCUAAUAUUGCAAUUUACUUCCUCUAAUAUUUCUACUUUCGAAAGUCGAGGAAUAUGUCUCCUAUCCUUAUUUUAAGCGUUUUCUUUUGUAUUUUAUUUAAUUUUAAUUGUAGCUUGAAACACGAAAAAUGUACGGGAGAUGAUAAAUGUUGCCUAUAUGGAAAGAGAAUAUGUGAUGAAGAUAGGCCACAAUUUAUUUCUAUUGUAGUUGAGGGACAAAUCGACUACAAAUCAUAUAGCAUUUUAAGAAGAAUUAUGCCCACCAGGCGACGAAAUCAACCACCCCUAGGUUUAUGUUCGGCUGGACUUACUAUUGCUGUUACGAGAUCAAAGACUGAUGAGUGUCUGUUAAAAGAUAUAGCUAUAAGAGGGCACGAAAUAAUUGCUGGGAGUAAAUCUUAUAUAUGGCCCCCUCCAUUUUGGGUUCACGCGUCAAAAGAACAAUGGUUUGACGAAUUAAACGACAUAAAAAGUAUAAUAAAUAACGUUGAAGUCAAAGGAGCAAAAGCGCCCCAUUUUGCUAUUGGUGGUGAUGCUCAAUAUCAAGCAUUAUCCGAGAUGGAUAUCUCUUAUGAUAUCAGUACCGUCUAUCCUUGGAGCAAGAAAUUCAAUCAACCUUUAUGGCCUUAUAAGCUAAAUACAUCGAUAGCCUGGGAAACUGGUGAAUGUGGUAUGCCAAUGUGUAAAGGAAAAAUAUGCUGGAAACCGAAGUGUCCAAAAGAGUCUUAUCCUAUAUGGGAAUUUCCAGCUUUUGAAAUAAAAGACAAUCUAACUAAACAAACUUGUGCAACAAUCGAACACUGCAAAUUUGAUAAUGAAACUCAUGUUGUAGAAGUACUUUUUCAACAUUUCCUAAAAUUUAACGAAACUAAUAGAGCUCCUUUCAUAAUCCAUUUAAAUAUAAGAGAUCUAAUAAAAAGACCACUGAUUGUUGACGGAAUAGCUGAAUUUCUUCGUAAAGGAGCACAGGAUAAACAAUAUAGAAACUUUUUUAUAAUAACCCCAAGACAACUACUCUCUUAUUUAGAAAAUCCAACUUCAUUUAACGAUCUUAGUACCUCCGAUAUUAAAUGUCCAAAUAUAACGCAAAUAGACAAAGAUUGUAUAGAUGAAAUUCCAGAUUUGGAAUUAGAUAGAAUCAGAGGUUUACCAAUAUUCGAAUUUCUAGGUAAUGGAGUUACAAUAUUUGCACUUCAAACAUGCUUUCUACUUUUAGGAUUUUUACUAUUAUUAAAAUUUGAUGGUAAAUGAAUAGAAUAAGAAAGAGACAAUUUAAUAAGAUUGUUUAUUUAUUAAUAAAC